AUGGAAAGUGAUAUGGAGAAGAUCGAGAAAAUCUACGGAUGGUCCGAUAUACUAUACAUGGAAGAGAACAUGCUCCAUUAUCGGCCAGGAGGUUAUCAUCCUGUGGCUUUGGGAGAUACGAUGAAAGAUGAUCGAUACAAGGUAUUGCAUAAGCUCGGGUAUGAGACAGCAAGUAUGCCCAUCGUUCUCCCUCUCAUACUUGCCCUCGGGGAGGGUGCUGACAACUUGCAGACUCGCGCGGUGGGUGGCGAUCAAAAUCAACAAAGCAGACGAGUCAAAGCAGACGAGUCAAAGCAACCUCAGGAGCUACAGCAUCAUCGAGCCCUGUUGGAGCUUGCCAAAGGCGAUCUUCGAUCGAAACAUAUCGUUCAACUUUUCGAUGAUUUCACUGUGGAUGGCCCUAAUGGCAGCCAUCUGUGUCUGGUUUUGGAGUUGCUCGCGCCGCCCGUCGAUUGGAUGAUUUCUGAUGAACCAGAUGAGUGUUAUUACCCGUAUGAGCGUCUCGACCCGGUAAACAGUCUCAUGAUCUCGACAAAUCUUCUAGAAGCUCUGAUAUUCUUACAGGAGAAUGGCUAUGCACACGGAGAUAUCAGCACCAAAAAUAUUGCUUAUACUUGCGAUUUGCUGUCUCAUUUGUCCGAGAACGAGCUCUUGAAAGUACUUGGCGACCCGGAAACAGUAGAUAUCAGACGAGUGGACGGCCAACCCCUUGCGGAAGGUAUCCCCCGCCAGUUCAUCAGGUCAACCGCGUGGCCCGGAUAUCCGCACGACGACGAUGAUGUGGACGAUGAUUUCCGGUUUUUUGACCUCGGAGAAGCGUUCACUCAGGACACCACGCCUAAGAAACUCGCUGGGCAUAUUUGCUAUCUCUCAGUCGGGUACUUGCCCUGGCACAUUCAUCAGUGGCCUAUGAAUGACUUGCGCAACUCUUCGAAGGGUUAUUUCGAUGAGUGGCCGAAAGAAUGGCAGAAAAACGCGGAGCGACUGCGACGUGACGCGGAAGAAGAAUAUGGCAGAGCCUUGCGAGGAGAGAGAGAGCCUCCCGGAUUGGAGUUGGAAGUGGAAUUCAAGAAAUAUGUCCCGGAACCGGAAUUACAAGUCCUCCUUCCCGUAAUCCGAGGUCUCACCCAGCUCUCCCCAUCGAGUCGGAUGUCAGCAGGGCAAGCUCUUUUCUUGGUUGGAAUGCCUCACGAGGACUGCUAUGCCACGGACGAAGGGAGAAAUAUGAAGUCCUAUUGA